UCAUAGGUCAAUGGACUCAGUACAGACUUUCGCUGCUGUCUGGAAGUAGUUUUUGUUGAAUCUUGGAUGAGAACAAAGGCGGAGCCCCCCUAUGCGCACCGUGUUUAGCUCGAACAACGAUAUCAAACGGAAACCCGGUUCUUGACUCCUCCCUUUUUACACUCAGUAUUUUACCAAACUUAUUCCUAAACACGUGUGAGUGGGACUUUUUUAUCUUCAACUAAGCUGGCUUGUGUGGACGGACGACGGCCAGUUUUCUGUUUCGUGUUUCGCGCACAAAUUUCAGUUUCCACACUGACCGGCAUGUAAAGUUCCAAAGAUGGUUGUUUCAAUUACGUUGGACGCGAUUAUCGAGACUGGACCGACACAAGGAUAUCCUGAAAAACCGGCAAAAUUGGGAUGUUUUGAAAAUGGAGCAAAUGAAGUUGCUGCGGGAAACGUUUUCGUUCUGGUCGUGCAUUAUGACUUCAAGGAUGGUCAAGAUGAUUGGCCAAGACCAGGAAACGAGAAGGACGUUGAAAAUUUAAGGAAAACUUUUGCUGAAAACAGAAAUUGCGCAUUCCGCGAAUGUUCGCCGAAAAGGGAGGAUCUUCUCGCUCUGCUUCAAGACGAACAAAAACUGAGAAGAUUCAUCGGCACCUCUGAAGUUUUAGAACCAGAUGUUUUCUUUUUGAUCGUUUUGUCGCACGGAGCAGCGGACGGAGUGAUUUUCACAGACUUUCUUCGCAGCUCUGAUCCGAACGAUUACGAAAAUUUCACGACAAAUGAACUUUUCAAGACGAUUGAAAUCGUUUUUCCAAAAUGCUUGAAAAGUGUUUUCCUUGGGCCGUGCAGGGGCCAACUAGAGGACCGUGUCUAUUGGCCUGACCAAGCCUCAAAACCAGAUCCGAAAAAUGAUCUGACUAAAAACCAAAACUCGAGCAGAGUUUCUUUCGAACCAAAGAUGCGCAACCUUCUCAUAUUAUAUUCAACUGUUGAGACAACAAAGGCGCGCAGGGGUGAAACAGGAACUUGGCUCGUCAAAUUUCUGUGCGCGGAGUUGAACGAGAUGAGGCAGAAAACAAAUUUAACAAAAUUUUUGACCGGAAUCCAGAACCGAAUUCAUCUUGAGUCGACGACGUUUCGGAACGACGGACAGACGCCCGAAUUCAAAAUGUUCCCUUGUGACAGGAAAUUCAUUUUCCAACCUCCUGAAUCAAAAAAGACCGAGGCUGGUCCGUCAACCAGUGGAACUGACGCGAAAGGGAAAGUUGGAACUCCAGUGAAGGAGAAACCAAGGUCGAUUGACUUCGAUUGGUGGAAUCCAAAAUCAAAAAAGGUCCUCAGAGGAAGACGGGCAGUGAUUUUUCAUUACGGGGAAGAAAAUGAAUUAAUUAGAAACCUGGAUAAUGCUCUGACUUAUAAUCUUGGUUUUGAAACUAUUAAUGCAAAAAUCGACAAAAAUGGACUCAAUUAUUACUUCAGUCAAUCAGAAAAAUCUUGGAGUGAUUUCGGAUGUUUCGCUGCAUUCUUUUUUGCCGAGAUUGCAGAGCAAGAGGAUGGGCAAGUUUGCAUCCGUCUGAAUGAAAACGAGAAAGUUCCGAUCGGCAAAUUGAUUCACAGAUUGCUGGGGCCAAAAAAUGGAGACUGGAUUGGGAAACCAAAACUAUUCUUUCUCGUUGAUACCAAAUUCGUGGCUACAGAUAGCGCAGGAGUGGCAAAACCAUCAAAUUUAGAUGAAUUUCUCCGAGCGACAAACCACUGCGGAUGGCUGGUUUUUACUCUUCAAAAUGCAAAUUUACUACAAAACUUCAUAGAGGUUUUUGAAAAGCAGGAAAUAAAAAACACGAUAAGUCUUCAAGAAAGUCUAGCCAAUUUACUUUCAGAACAUAAAAGGGAAGAAGUAAGAGCAUCAGAUGCGAUGAUGGUUUCAACUCUGCCACACCAGUUGUUUUUCCCGAUUUUGGAGAGAAAUUUUGUUGAGCCAAAAUUCCGCGUGGAAGGAAAGGGGUUUAAAUCAGGGAAAGAAGUGGAAUGGGAAGAAUUAUUGGAAUCAAGAAAAAUCAAAGAGAAAAAUGGAAUUUGGCUUCUGUCUUCGCUUUCAGGAUCUGGAAAGUCAACCGUGAUGCGCGAGUUGGCUUUCGAACUGCAAAGACAGUUGAAAAUCAAAGUCUUCUUUGUCGUCCUUCUCGACAUCUGCUGCUACUUUUCCACUGCAAAAAAGGAAAGAAGAAAAGUUCCAUCCCUUGCUUCUGUUGUUUCGCACGCGACUGGAACGCGUGAGCUGGAAAUUCAGAAUCUUAUUGAUGAGAAUAAAGUGAUUUUGAUGUUUGACGGAUUCGACGAAAUUUGCCCCUUUUACCGAGAUCAAGUUCUCCAAGUUUUUGCCGAAGCAUUUCAAGAAAAAUUACCCAUUUGGAUUUCAUCACGACCGCACGAGAAAGAUGCCAUUCUUGCAACGCUAGGAAAGGAAGUUUGCAAGGUUCAAAUCAGGCCUUUAGAUUGGAGGAGGCAAAUCAAAUAUUUGAUGAUGAUUUCAAAUAAAUCUCAAGACGACUGCAGACGUCAGAUCGAUUUCUGCAGAGAAAAUGGCUUAUUUGAUAUUCUGGGAAAUCCUCUUCACUUGAAAAUGAUCGCUGAACUCACUCUACAUGAUUCGGAUUACAAAAAAGGGAUCAACUUGUACAAAAUCUAUGAAAAAAUUGUGGAUACAAAAUUGUGUUUUGCGUUGAAAGAUUUGAAAGGCAUCGCAUUAGAAAAGGAAUUAAAUAGUUGUGAAAUGGAAUUGAGAAUUGCUGCUAUCGCAUUUUUAAACAAUGGCGAAAUAAAUAAUUUGAUAAAUGCCAACAAUGGAAUUGUAACAAUCAGCGACGGACGCGCCCAUUUCGUUCACCAAACGUUUGCCGAAUUUCUCGCUGCUGCGCAUUUCAUCGAUUGUUUGUUCUGUGAAGACGAAAGAAUUCCCUUCGAUAUUUCCAGAAAAGAAUUUCGUCAAGUGCGCAAGUUUGUUGACUUGAAAAUUUCCUCGAGUGGCACAGAAAAAUCAAAUUUGUCAGCAAAGCUGAAAAAAUACUUGGAAAAUACAAUAACUAAAGCAUGUGUCGAAGGCAUUUUCCUCGAAGAACGUCUUGUUAAUUUUUCCAGCGCUGCAGCGAAUCUUGUAACUUUCAAUCCUAACAACGCAAAUGAACUAUUAAAUUACAUUUUUGCUGACCAAAUUUUGGUUUUGGCCAGCGAACGUGUGGAAAACUUUGCGCUUUGCCUUUUGGAAAAUGGCGCUUAUGAAAAGUUGACAAAUCCUGAAGAUUGUGCCGUGAAAAUGCUCGCAGGUGCGAUUGAAAAUAAUUUUGCGCUGCUCUUUUCAAAAGUAGAAGAAAAAUGUGCCAACCUGAUGAAGUUGGUGCGGAAUGAUAUAAAAUUAAGAGAGACCUUAACACUCGCGGCCUGCAGGAAAAAUCAUCACCAAGUUUUCAGGCUGGUGCUUGAAAAGGGAAUUGUAGAUUCAAGUGAUCAAGAAUAUUUACAAAAGGCCAUGAAAGUUGGUGUUAGAAAUAAAAGCGCCGAGUGCGUUGAGCUUUUGAUUGAAUACGGCGCACGGACUGCCGACCUUGAUGGAUUUGAGUUGGGCUAUUUAAACAUCAAGACGACGGAAGCGCUUCUCAAGACAAAGGACGAGCCGAUUUUAAAAUUGGCAUCAAGAAUUUUCGAUCGUUCGAUCAAAAGAAAAAAUGCUCAAGUGGCAAAGUUUUUGAUGGCAAAAUUCGGUGAUGCGGAAAAUGCAGAGUUUGAAGUGAGCAGUGAAGCCUUGAUUGAUGUAUUAGAGUGGGAUGAUCACGACUCUGCGAAAAUGUUGAGUCGCUUGCUUGUUGAAAAACGCGAUUAUUUAUUAGGUGAAAAGGACAAAUACGGGCGGAACGCUUUCCACUCGGCAGCCUGGAGGGGACAUGUGGGGUUGGUCAAAUACUUCCUGGAAAAGGACCCUGAGCUCGUCAAAACCUUAACGGAAAAAGGGGAAAACACCAUGCAUUUAAUUUUCACUAGUUAUUAUGAUGAUUCAGAACAGAAUAUUGAAAUGUGCAAGAUUUUGCAUAAUCUUGAUGCUGAGAUGGUUCGGCAAAAAGCUGCGACAAAUGAAACAAUGCUCCAUGUGGCCGCGGAAGCAGGAAAAGUAAAUUUGUGCAAAUGGCUGGUGGAAGAAAUCGGUCUUGAGGUGGACGCCGUGGACGAUAAAGGAUAUAACGCGAUGCACUUCGCUGUUUAUUUUAAUCGGGGAGACGUUGAACUCUUGGAAUAUUUGCAUGGCAUGAAUGCAGAUUUGGUGAAACGAAAAACCAAAACCAAUAAAACGAUGCUGCAUUUGUCCGUGCAAGUAGGAAAUCCUCAUGUGUGCAAAUGGCUGGUGGAAAAAAUAGGACUUGAGGUGGACACCGUGGACGACAAAGGAUGGAACGCGAUGCACUUCGCCGCUUCUAAUGAUGAAAUUGAACUCGAGCUCUUGGAAUAUCUGCAUCGCCUGAAUGCAGAUCUGGUGAGACAAAAAACGAAAAUGGAGGAAACGGUGCUGCAUUUGGCUGCGAAGCGAGGAAAACUUGAUUUGUGCGAAUGGCUGGUGGCAGAAGCGGGCUUUCGUGAGGUGGACGCCGUGGACGUCAAUGGAUGGAACGCUGUGCACUUCGCUGCUUACAAGUACGUCGAACUCGAUCUCUUGGAAUAUUUGCAUGGCCUCAAUGCCGAUUUGUUCCAACAAAAAACGAAAACGGGUAAAUCGGUGUUGCAUUUGGCCGCGGGAUACGGAAGAUUUGACACGUGCAAGUGGCUGGUGGAAGAAGCAGGCGUUGAGGUGGACGCCGUGGACGAAAAUGGGUAUAACGUGAUGCACUUUGCCGCUUUUCGUCAGUUCGUUAAACUCGAACUCUUGGAAUAUUUGCACGCGAAAAAUCCCCAAUUGAUCGAGAAGAAAACCAAAUACAAGGAAACUGCGCUGCAUCUUGCGUCAAGCAGGAGCCGGAUGGGGAAAGUCGAAAUUUACAACUGGUUCGUCAAAAAAAGCAUCAAUGCUUCAGAGGAAAAUUCAGAGGGCGAAACGAAUUUGGAGGCGGCUAAAGAAAAGUUUCUUUGAAAAUGCAAUCAGAUUACUACUUAAGAGACACAAAUAUUUGAAUGUUGUAAGGAAUGAUACGGCACAAGCAAUUUUUUUUUUUUGUUUUAGUAGAACUUUUUUACAAAAAUAUAUUGUUAAGUUACUUUGACGAGGUUGCAAUUCUUUGUGGCUACAAUAUAAGAUUUUGAUUCAAGCGAAUUUGUCAAACCAUUGAAAAAGUCACGAUGGUGCUAUAAUUCGAAAUUGGCUUUUCUUCUCUAUGCAUUUGUCCUCAUUCGUGUUUUAUUUUACAAAAUCUAUUUUUUUAAUAAAAAUUAAAGAUUAUAUCGAACUUUUAAUUUCUAAGUAAACUAAAUAAAAAGAAGUGAAUUAUUUUUAAUAAGAAUCACAUUCUUUGAGUGGUAAAAAUUAAAUCAUAGUUGUUUUAUAAUAAGCGAGCUUAUAAGAACUAAGUUUGUUUCCACUAACCUCGAAUUGCUUAUAUACCGACCUUUUUUAAAGAUUGAGCCACAAUAAUUUGAAGUUGGAUUUUAACAAUAUCAUAAAAUCAAAUUCUAGCUCUAAUGCAUUUAAUUUUUCUUGCUUUGUGAAGUGAAGACAGCAAAUAAAAGAAAUUAUGUAGCUUCGACACUUUGGCAUUUUAUGAAUUCCUCAAAAGAGCGUUUAGUUAAAUUUAAUUUUCUGAAUUUAUUCCAUUUUCAUAUUUUUUUUUCAAAGUUAGUUAUAUGUGAAUGCAAGAAACCCAAGACAAGCUUUGUCCAGAUCAAAGUUGUUUCUUGAUAAAAAAAAAGGCUCAAUA